AUGAAUUUCAUAAAUGAGAGUCAUUUUAUCUUUUUAUUAAUACUUUUGACUUCGCCACUGUAUCACAAUGCUUCUAUUGAGGAAGCGAAGUUUUGCGGAUUUGAACAAACGUGUUCGAAAAACAUCACAAAACGUGUGUUACCGUAUACAUCCUGUUGCAAACCUUGUGAAUGUGAUGAUGUAUGUGUAGAAAAGGGAACAUGCUGCCGAGAUAAAAAGGGACUUGUAGAUGCGGACAUUGUUGUAAAACAAAAAUGCAUUCCAGCUGUAUAUACACCAACUGGUGCCCCUGUACCAGAACGUAGCAUGUACUAUUUUACAAGAACAAAGUGUCCUACGGCUUUUAAUGAUAUGACAAUAAAGGCCAAAUGUGAAGGAGAUAUGCCUGAAACAAUAACAGAUGUAAUACCAGUUUCUUCUCGUGAUGGAAAAGUGAUGUAUAAGAACAAAUAUUGCAGUUUCUGUCAUGGUGAAAGAAGGACAUACAAUUGGGGUGUUACUGUACAUGCAGCUUCUUCUCAAACUUGCCGUGAUAUAUUUCGACCCGAAAGUCUAGACAUUGGUACCUUUUCUACUAAAGUACUGUCACAUUGUAUUUUAGCAUUCAGCCGGCCACCAAACGUUGAUUACAUGACAGUUCUAUGUUUUGAUGAAUCUUCUGUUGUAAAGCAAUGCAAUGUAACUGGGAAAUGGGAUACCUAUGACAGCAAGAUGGACAACCUUUGUCUUAAUCAAACAGAUACAGGUUACUUUAUCUUCAGAGUUUUCCGCAACGUUUAUCAAAAUUUGUAUUGCUCUACAUGCAAUGGCCUCUCUUCAACCGAGGUCUGUCAGAACAUAGUAGAAAAACACCCAUUGUCUCAACUCUAUACUCUUCUCAAUAUCAACAGGCUGGAUUCAGAUAUAUCUAAAAUAAAAUCAAGACGAUGUGGAAAUAACCAGAUUUUGGAUACAUUCUUUAACACAUGCCGGACGUUGUAUUGUUUGUGGAAUUCCAUUGCUAUCCGAGGCACAUGCAUACCUAUAUUUGAAACUGCACUAACUAUUGGUUACAAAUUCAAUUUAGAAUUGGUGCCAACAAACCAUACCAAUUUGACGCAAUUGACAGAGAAUGAUAUACGGAACAAUAUUGUUCGUAUUCAACAAAACAUAGCUUUCAAAAAAUGUGGGAUAUGUCAAUUUAGUACCUUUACUGAAAAUGUCGGCACGGAGACUACCUUUCAAAAGAUGUAUGUAUCGUUUUCAUUCAUUCCAACACCUCGAUGCAAAACUGAAUACAUAUGGUCAAAAUUUAUGGAAGCCGAAAACAAAUUUCCAAUGUUGUUAAAUCUAACAGUAAAUGAUAAAACAGUUGUCUUCAAGGCUUCUAUAGACUAUACAAUUUCCCUUUCACUUGCCAAAUGGACAAUUUUACAAGCCAAGUCGCCUCAACUGUGUCGACCCUUUACACCAGAGCGUGGUGAAAUGUGUCCUAAAGUAAAACUUCUCAAGCACGAAGUUGAAAGUGUAAUGAAAAAUCAUCCAAAAGCAGACGAACUUUUCUGGGUUUAUGAUAAGGAAGAUAUUAAUGGCUCUGUUUUCGUCUGCUGUAAUAAUUACAUCCUAUAUCAGACGUCGUUAAGUUCAGUGAAAUUUCACCUAAGCUCAGUAAUAACUUUAUUUAUCAUCAUAUUUCCUUUAACGAUGACAUUAUAG